AUGGCGUUGUCAAAUAGAGGAUUUAAAAAAUUUCACGGCGUGGAAGAAGGGUUAGGGUUUGUGAGGUUUACGAGAGGACUAGGGAGGAAAAGGAUUCUCAUUUUGAAAUCGAGCCAACAAACCGUUUCGAAUUCCGAUGAUCAAGCUCCGGCAGCUGAUUCGCCGCCGGUGAAGAUUACUCCGUUGAAGAAACCUAGAAAUGAGACGACGGAAUCCGAUAAGUCUCUGCUUGAAUCUCUGCAUCAAGAUAUUUUGAUUCGAGUACUUUGUCAUGUGGAUCACGAGGACCUAGCGAGGCUUAAAAGUGUAUCUAAAACAGUUAGAUCAGCUGUAUUAGAAGCAAAGAAGUCGCAUUUUGAUUAUAGCACACCAAGAAAGUCUCUGCCUUUCCGAGACCCAAUUUUAGUCAUAGAGGAAGAUUCGAAUUUGAGUGAUCAAGAUGGUGAAAUUGAGCCUCCCAAUGCACCAGUUCGGAGGAGAAAUCUUAGUCGCGAAUCAGAUUUGUCGAAGAUCUCUACGGUUUUGUUUAAAUGA